GCGCGGGGCCCGGGGCCGAGCUGCGCUUCUUCCGCGCCCUGCUGGAGCGCGCGCGCUGCCACCGCCAGUGCCAGGACCAGCGCCUCGGGGGCCCGGAGUCUCCGCAUCGCGCCAGCGAGGAUGUCCGCAGCGACUUCCAGCGCCGGGUGCCCUACAACUACCUGCAGCGGGCCUACCUCAAGCUUGACCAGCUGGAAGAGGCUGUGCAGGCGGCCCACACGUUUUUCAUGGCCAACCCUGAGCACAUGGAAAUGCAGCAGAACAUCGAGAAUUACAGAACCACGGCUGGCGUUGACUCAGUCCAGCUGGUAGAUCGAGAAGCCAAAGCUCACUUGGAGAGCUACAGCACGGCAGUGAAGCAUUACGAGGCCGAUGACUUCGAACAGGCUGUCAAGCACUUUGAAAAGGCUUUAAGAGAAUAUUUCAAUGAAGAUGUAGAGUGCCGAGCCCUGUGUGAGGGACCUCAGAGAUUUGAAGAGUAUGAGUACUUAGGGUACAAAGCUGGUCUCUAUGAAACCAUCGCAGAUCACUACAUGCAGGUGCUGGUCUGUCAGCACGAGUGUGUGAGGGAACUUGCCACACGCCCCGGCCGCCUCUCUCCCUUUGAGAAUUUUCUUCCUCUGCAUUACGACUACCUGCAGUUUGCCUACUACCGAGUGGGUGAAUACGUAAAGGCUCUGGAGUGUGCCAAGGCCUAUGUGCUGUUCCACGCGGAUGAUGCGGACAUGCUGGACAAUGUAGAUUACUACGAAAGUCUGCUGGAGGACGGCAUGGACCCGGCAUCCGUUGAGCCUAGAGAGGAUGCAGCAAUGUUUGUGAAACGCCAUGAACUUGAAGCUGAGCUGAUAAAGUCAGCUGCAGAGGGUCUGGGAUUUUCGUACACUGAACCAAAUUAUUGGAUCCGAUAUGGGGGCCGACAAGAUGAGAAUCGGGUCCCUUCAGGCGUGAAUGUGGAAGAGUCUGAAGUUUAUGGAUUGUCGGUCGGAAAGAAAUUAUCAUCCAAGAUAGAUCGAGAUCUAACAGAGGGUGGCCCCCUGCUCUACGAGAACGUCACCUUCGUGUACAACUCAGAGCAGCUGAACGGGACCCAGCGCGUUCUCCUGGAUAACGUCCUGUCUGAAGAGCAGUGCCGGGAGCUGCACAGUGUGGCCAGAGGCAUCAUGCUCAUUGGCGAUGGAUACAGAGGAAAAACUUCACCCCACACGCCCAAUGAAAAGUUUGAAGGCGCAACUGUCCUGAAAGCACUCAAAUUUGGUUAUGAAGGCCGAGUCCCGCUGAAGAGCGCCCGUCUAUUCUACGACGUCAGUGAGAAGGCUCGAAAGAUCGUGGAGUCCUAUUUCAUGCUGAACUCCACCCUGUACUUCUCCUACACGCACCUGGUCUGCCGCACGGCCCUGUCUGGUGAGACGUCACGGUGCACCUUGCACCCUUCUCCUCACGGUUCGUUGUCUGAACAGCUUUCCCUCCACUGUUGCAGUGCUCUCCUGUAUAUGAACGAUGACUUUGAAGGAGGGGAAUUCAUAUUCACUGAAAUGGAUGCUAAGACUGUGACUGCCUCUAUCAAGCCAAAGUGUGGGCGGAUGAUCAGCUUCUCUUCUGGAGGAGAGAACCCGCAUGGUGUGAGGGCCGUCACCAGAGGCCAGCGGUGUGCGGUGGCCCUGUGGUUUACCUUGGACCCACUCUACAGAGAGCUGGAGCGAAUAAAGGCCGAUGAAGUGAUUGCCAUUCUGGACCGAGAACAGCAAGGGAAGCGUGAACUGAGCGUCAACCCCAAGGACGAGCUAUGAAAACGGGAAAGAAUGUUCUAUCAGAUAUUUAUUUAAGUUGUUAAUCUAGAAGAACCUUUUUAUUUUUGUACAGAGCCGUGGUAUAAAUUAACAGGUUAACACGAGCCCCUCCACCUCCCUUCAGUGCCUAGCGAUGCUCGCUUCUGCUUCUGCCUGCCUUGGUUUUCUUCAGUUACCCUCAAAACCCAGUGAAGUUCACACACAUCACACACACACACACACACACACACACACACACACAGAGGCAGCCCACCACACAAACACAUACACACAACACAGCACAUCAACCUAUACACUACACUCAAUACAGACACAGAGCAACACACAAACAUACCAACACCCUACACGCAAUUCACCAUAAAACAUGCAAAGACAGCCCAGCCAUAUGGCACAUCACACAGACAUGCAAAUACCCACCAUACAUUAAAAAGGAAUAUAUGAAUGUAUAAACACAUCACAGCACAAACAAAUGCACCUACAAACAAUACACAAAUAUAAAGCACACAAAGGCAGAAGCAUAUGCCAUAUCCAAAUAAGACAACAUGCAGACACACACACAUCACACAAACACCCACCAUACAAAUACACAAACUCUCACUGUAUCAUACAGAGAUAUAUCCCACACCCAGAGACUGACCACAUAUGCACAUACACUACACAAAAAAACCAACACACAUACACACACACACACACACACACACACACAGGUCCCUGGGCAUUCAGAGGUCAGAGGUCAGAGAUAACAAGCUGUACCUUGGUGAAAGCGCACGCUCGUGGGUGCCCCAGUCCUAGAGUCCUGCAUGCCUUGCUCUCUGCGGCCUGCCUGGCUCAGUGCCUUUCAGCAGCAUCUCCCCGCUUCCCCCAGUGUCCUGUCCCUGAGCUCAGCCUGAUCUGUUCCCAGUGCCAGCUCGGCUUCUCACAGCCUCUGGCAGAGCCCGCCUUGCCUAAGCCCGCAGGAGCAUGGAGGGCACCCAGGCUCCUGGAAGGAGCCGCAAGUAGGACUGUACAACAGGGGUCCCCAUUCUGUCCAGGGCCUCCGUGGUGGAGCUGUGGCUCUGGCGUUUUCAUCAGGGAGGAAACUUACACUGGAAGCUUCAAUCCUCCUGGGCGCCAGUGCCCCAGAAGGACUGUCCUGGGAGUGAGUUGUGUCUUUAAAGCGUCCCAUAGAAGCUGAGGUGGAAUGGCCUUGACUCUGUGGCUUCGGAAGAUGACCUCAGUCCCCCGGACCAUUGUGGAGCUGCAGCAGCACAGAAGCCACUGGUGAAGAGGAAUCUUUGUGUUCGAGUCAGAAAAUCACACCCCUGUGACUCCAGGCUUCAUCUGCCAUCCCCCAUGGCCGCUCGCCAGCUCAGAGAUCUGAGCUUUCUUUGCUUUGUUUAAUAAAGGGACCCUUCCCUUAG